AUGGAUCAUGCAGCCGAAGCUCACAGGACGGACCUUAUGACAGUAACUCGUCAUGUUCUUAAUGAGCAGUCUAAGCACCCGGAGGCGCAUGGUGAUUUUACCAUCUUGCUCUAUCACAUUGUUCUUGGCUGCAAAUUUGUUUGCAAUGCCGUUCACAAGGCGGGCCUUGCGAAACUCAUUGGACUUGCUGGAGAGACAAAUGUUCAGGGUGAGGAACAAAAGAAAUUGGAUGUGCUUUCAAAUGAAGUUUUUGUCAAUGCUCUGAUAAGCAGUGGGCGUUCAUGCAUUCUUGUUUCCGAAGAGGAUCAAGAAGCUACAUUCGUGGACCCAUCAAAGCGUGGAAGAUAUUGUGUUGUUUUUGAUCCGUUGGAUGGAUCCUCAAAUGUUGACUGUUGCGUUUCCAUAGGAACUAUAUUUGGGAUCUAUAUGGUGAAAGAUAAGGAUAAACCAACUCUGAAUGAUGUAAUGCAACCUGGGACAAAUUUGUUAGCAGCAGGCUACUGCCUGUAUGGAAGCUCUUGCAUGUUGGUGCUUAGCACAGGAAAUGGCGUUAAUGGUUUCACUCUUGAUCCAUCUCUUGGGGAGUUCAUAUUAACUCACCCGGAUUUGAAGAUUCCAAAGAAAGGAAAGAUCUAUUCAAUAAAUGAAGGAAAUACCAAACAUUGGGAUGAGCCGACUACAAAGUACUUGCAUCUUAAUUUGGUGAUUAUCAUCUUGCUAAAAGCCCUGGAAACCUACUGA